AUGGAUACGGUACAGGUGACGAACAAGGUCAAUAACUUCAGUGUUGAGACUUUCACGGCUCGCUUCGAGGCUCUUAAGAUUCGUUCUGAAAAAAAUUGGGAAACUAUGCAGGAAAAGUUAGGACAAAGCGCGGGAAUCGAUAAUGCUUUAGUUGAACUACAAAACGGCUUAAAUCAUCUAUUACGUCAUAAAAGUCUGGAAGAACGGGCUGAAAGGCUGCGGAAGAUGCGGGAUGAUAGAGAGCAGAUAUUGAGAAUGGAACAUGAGGAACUGCUAAAUCGUGUUACAUUGCUGAAGUCAAAUCUUGGUAAUUGA